AUGAAAUCGGGCUUCAAAACGGGCUUCGGGUCGACCGCGGCGUUGGGACGGUCGGUCGGGACGAUCGGCCGGACAGUCGGGUCGGGCCGAGUCGGAACGGUCGCGGCUGAUGUGGAGUCAGGUUUUACCAAACUCCUAGACCUCUGCAAGUGCACAGAUCGCGGAAGUAUGGGUAUCGAACACAAGGACUGGCUAUUGAGUACACUUUGUAACUAUGGAUUUUGGAUCAAGCUAAAACAAAAGUAUGAUUGA